AUGGACACUAUCUUGGUCUUCAGCCUAAUCAUUGCAUCCUAUGAUGCCAACAUGAGAGAACUCCAGGAUAGCAGCUGCCAAGUGGAACUGCUGCCUGGGAUCUUCCCAAAGGAUGUAGGAAACAUCAGGGACAUGCUAAUACAAGAAACCCAGGCAGAGGCCCAUAGGGCCACAAUCAUCAAAAACCAGACUCUGGCUACCCUGCAAUGCUCGGAGGGCAAAAUGAAAGUCACCUUAGUGUAUUCAGAGAAAAAGCCAAAGGUCAAGUAUUCUCUGAGGAACCUGAGAACCUUUGCUGCUCCCCACAGAAAUGAUUCUGCCUCCCCAAGCUGUCACCUAGCCCCUGCGUCCAAGUCUCAGACGGGACCCCUUCUGACAGGCAAAGCUAUUUUUCCAGGGAUCUCCCAAUGUAAGGUCCACUCGACAAUGGAGACUUCACCAGAGCCUUUUCCCCCAACGACCAUUUCCACAACUCCUGGGGACAAAGGAGGACAGAGAACUACAAGUAUUGAUGUGGAUGAAAGCCUAGAGAAGAGGAAGAAAUGGAGCAUUGUGGUCAAGGUUCUGAUUGCUUUCACCCUGCUGCUGAGUGGACUCGCCAUUAUAGUGUUUGUCAUUUUUGAAGUCCCAUGCCCUAGUCAAUGCCUCCGAGUCAGAGAGCUAGUCCAAUGUCAGCGGUUAUGGGUAUGGCAAGGUAAGGAAGCCAGCUUGGAAGACCGGCAACCUGGGCAAGGUGAAGCCCAGCCUGAGAAGGCUGGACAAGAUGCUCCUCACUCACCAAGUCCAAAGAAAGCUGCAGAGAUCAUUGUUAUCCACCAGACAUACUUCUGAAAGUUGUGC